AUGGCCAGACAAUGGAUUUUGACCGGCCAAGAAGGCUUUGAAACGUCCCUUGAGUACCAGGAGGGUCUUGAUCUACCGUCGGCGAAAGAUUUGGGGCCUCACGAUGUCCUUGUCACCAUGCAUGCUGCGAGUCUGAAUUAUCGUGAACUGGUAGUCGCAGGACCCGUGGGUAUCAAUGGACCAAUCACGCCACCCAUUAUUCCAGGCUGUGAUGGAGUAGGCAUUGUCACAAAUGUCGGAUCAGCUGUCCGCGAUUUCCGUCCUGGAGAUCGAGUUGUUAUGCACGUUGCACCGAAACUAGUGGAAUCUCGUGGUGACGAUGCACUUCCUAGCCUUUCCGAUGCCAUGAUUGCUCGAGGUCAAGGGAUCGAGGGCACGCUUCGGAGUCACGGUGUCUUCUCUGAAGCGGGCCUUGUCCACGCACCGAAAUCAUUGGAUUUCCUUCCGGCAGCCACCUUGUCUUGUACCUGGGUCACCGCGUGGAACGCUCUGUUUGGUUUGAAGGGCCGGGAAGCGGGGCCGGGCUCAUGGGUGCUCGUUCAAGGCACGGGCGGGGUCAGUAUUGCUGCUCUGCAGCUCGCUGUCGCAGCUGGUGCCUCUGUCAUCGCUACCACAUCGAGUGAGGAGAAAGCUGCUCGGCUCAGGACUCUUGGCGCGACCCACGUUGUCAAUUACCGUACCAAUCCUAAGGGCUGGGGAGAGGAAGUUCGAAGCUUGACUCCAGAUGGAAGAGGUUUGGACUUUGUGGUCGAUGUGGGUGGCAACGAAACUCUGUCUCAGUCACUGGUGGCCGUAUGCGUGGACGGAAUCGUUCUGGUGGUCGGUGGAGUUGGGGAGACCACAGAGGUCGUGCCCAUGUUUGCAGCUCUUCUGCACACCUGCAUCGUUCGUGGUAUCCUCGCAGGAAGUCGAAACCAGUUCCGGGAGUUGGUUCACUUCAUUGACGACAAGAAGAUUGUGCCUGCGGUUGAUGAUGUUGUUUUUGAGCUUGCCGAGGGAAAGAGUGCAUACAAACGCCUCAAGGAAAAGAAACACUUUUCCAAGGUUUUGAUUAAGAUUGAUGCAGUGUGA